GAGAGACAGAAAAGCAGGAGAAGAGAGUUCAUCAUCUAAAUCGGUUAGAAGUACACAGUCAUGCAGCCCCAUGCCACCGAGGUGGCGCGCCUCUACCAGACGGAGUUCAUCCGGAGCGCCCGGGCCAUCGGCGUCCUGUGGGCCGUGUGCACGCUCUGCUUUGCCGUCAUCGAGGUGGUCAUCCUGAUCCAGCCAUCCUGGGUGGGCACGCGGGAACUGCGCUAUCAGGGCAGCAGAUUCGCCGGCGCAACGCCACCUCAAUCGGGCACCUUGGGUCUGUUUGAGGUGUGUGUGGAGUCAGACUGGCCUGUACCGGAGUGCAGAGGGUCUCUGCGAACCCUGACUCCCAUUCCUGCCUUCAAGUCGCCGGCGGUGUUGGUGUGCAUCUCGCUGACCAUGGUGUGGGUCAGCAUGGGCUGCCUGUGCCUGUUUCGCUUCUGUAAUGCCGCCACCGUGUACAAGAUCUGCGCCUGGUUGCAGCUCACGGCAGGGUUCUGCCUGGCGCUGGCCUGUGUGCUGUUCCCUGAUUCGUGGGAGUGUGCCGAGAUGCGGGCGCUGUGUGGUGAGGGGGUGUCGAGUUUCUCCUCGGGGAACUGCAGCGUGCACUGGGCCUACGUGCUGGCCAUGCUGGGGGUGCUGGACGCGGGCAUCCUCGCCACGCUCGCCUUCGUUUUGGGCAACAGACAAGACGCUCUGCUCCCGGAUGAUGCCAAGGACGGUGAGGUUACCGGCCUGUUACUGGAGCCAUAACUGAGUACUGGAGGGACACCACAGGCCGUUCUCAUCCACCACGCCUGAUCUCUUCUGAGAAAAACAGACGACGUGAGAGGACGUCACUUCCUCCACCUCAUCAUCAUAAAACCUGUGCUUAGAAAUGGUCGCCGGGCAACCGUAUCCCCCUUUUAAGUGUGGAUGCUCUGGGAGGAGGAGGCAGCGAGACCAUUAAAGAGGCUAUUGUGUUUCCAUCGUCUGCGGUCCUUCCCGGCAAACGGAGAAUUUGGCUUUAUUUAUUUAGUGACGUAGUGCAUCGGUUCUUUUGGGAAAUUAGGCACAGGGGCAGGGUUUUGCUGACCUGGGUUUGGUGUCUGUGUGAAGUUUUGCAUCCAUGUAAACAAAAAAACAACCCAGCCGCAGUCGACAGGAAAGAUUUCGGCCUCCAGAAUCCCCAGAACAAGCAAAUAAUUCAUUACUGUAGUAAAAACAACAAAGUCGAGAAGUUUAAUAAGCGGAUUAUGUGGAAAAAAACCUGCAUGUUCUCAUUCUGUCUGUGUGGGUUUCCUCCGGGUCCUCCGGUUUCCUCCCACAAGCCCUGUGUGUGUGUGUGUGUGCCCUGUGAUGGACUGGGGUAUUAAAUAGUGCCCAAAAAUAAUGGGUGGUGCAGCAGUAAAUUAUGCUAUCCCACUACUGCUGAGAUCUGGGGAUCCAGGGUUCGAAUCUUGACGGUGCUAUCGGCCGGUCGGGCGGAACACUUGUCGGUGCGCCCUCAGUGCUGGUCCCAAGCCCGGAUAGAAAUAGGACGGUUGUGUCAGGAAGGACAUCCAGGGUCAAGAUGCCACCCAAUCUCCUCAUUUAUUCAAACUUAGGGUCAAUGUCAAGCAGCCAGUCCACCUUCUGCAUGGUUUUGGGAGGUUGGAAGAAAACAGAGGACCUAGUGGAGACCCGUGGAGACCCAGUGACAAUAAACACCAGCUCAGUUUACUCGUAUUUGUACUCCAGUGACCUGGGUUUGCUGUCUGUGUGAAGUUUUGUAUCCAUGUAAACAAUAAAACAACCCAGCCGGAGCCGACAGGCCUGAUUUCAGCCUCCUGAGUCCCCAGAACAAGCAAAUAAUUCAGUUUUGUAAGCAGAUCGUGUAGAAAUAAAACCCCCGAGAUGCUUCAUCAUUUACAACCAGUUUAUUUAGCACUUGAUUCGGGUGUACAAUCACUCCAGCUGUGUACAGAUGUGCAUUUUUAUGCGGUUUUAAGAUUUCACAUCCACACACACACGUAUAUGGAAAGCAAUAUCGAGCUUCUCGUCCUCGCACGGCGUCUCGUUCACACUUUUAUUCAGGUCAAAUGAUCAGCAGGCGAUAAGAUAAAGGACGGAACACACACAGCGAUAGCAACAGCGUUUAUUUAAUACAGACAGCGUAAAUAUCAUUAAUAUAUCCCAAUAAAUCAGCACUGUAGAAAAUAUAUCGAGCUCUGGACGUUCUGUUGUGGAUUUCACUGCCAAAUCUGUUAGCUUAUAGAGUCUGCUCUUAAGAGAUUCAUGUAUUUAAUAUGUCAGCAAAUCAUUAUAUGUAAAUAAAAUAUCAUCUCUGUAACCUCGGAACAAUGUUAAAGCUUUUUCAUCUGUAAUCUGCGUGUUUUUAAUUCAAUCACGUUAUAUUAGCGUCAGCUAUUUAAAAGCAUGAUCAAUAAAGAUAUUUAAGUGAC